AUGUUGAGUGUAGAUUUGAUUAGAAAACAGGCCCAACAGCCUCAACAACAACCAACUUACAAGUCAACAUUGAGGAAUGAUAAUCAGUUGUCAACAGCAACACCAAGUAUAAUGGCAGAACAACAGGAGAAUCCAAAAGAUACCAUCGCCGCCGAUAUUAUCAAUGGCAGUAGUAGCAGUGCCAGCGUCAGCAAUGGCGGCGGUGGCGUAGGUAGCGCCACAAUCAAUAAUAACAAUAGUAUUAGUAGUAGUAGCACAAUAAGAAGUGGCGGCGGCAACAACAAUAAUAACAUUAGUGGUGUUAACAGCUCGAGUGACGCUAGCGCCGUGGCCAGACCCUUGCUCGAUACAUCAAAUGUAACACAAAGGAAUGGUCAUGGCCAACCUCUACAGCAACAGCAACAGCAACAUCAACAAGUAUAUAGCAAGCCAUUAUUACAGAACUUAUCAUCAAUUGUUCAAUAUGUUAAUAGUUCAGGUGGCAACAACACAAGAGGCGCGAAUAGUACGAAUGGUAGCAGUGCUUCAGGCAACAGCAACACGACUUCAACAUCAUCUACAAUGGGCAAUAACAGUGAACAUAAGAAGGGCACGCCAUACUGGUGCUGGCUGCUCAAGGAGUACAUACGAUUGGGACAUGCCAAGAGCAUGAACAGGGUCAUCAAGGUGCUGGACAACAUCGAGCCCUAUCCAUUCUACUGUCGCGACAAUAUCUACAACGUCGAUCUCAUGGAUCGCACUAGUUCGACGAGUGGCGACGGCGGCGACGGCGUGCACGACCUCUUUGAGAACGACCGAUACAUAUACAGCUUCGAGUCCAAGCUUGUGCAGCCGAGUGGCGUGCGCACAUCAUUCCCCUUUAUCUACAUACCCAACCUGCUUCGUCAGCGCAGCGACCUCUUUCAAUGCUUCAACAAGAACUUCUCCUUCAGCAACAUCCUCUAUGGCCUGAGCACGGCCAACAUCGACUCCCUUCUCCAAGCAAAGUUUGUACCAAUACCAAAGUCAUCACCAAUUGUACCAUUCCUAUUAUGUAUCGUUUACUUGAAGCUUUGCGUGUCAAAGGGAGAGGGCCUGCGCGCGAUAAUAGACGCAUUGGCCGACUGCAAGAACAAGAGUCACUUGAUGCCCUCGUAUGACUACCCGGCCAUCCCACUCGAAUCCCUGCUAAAUGCAAUGCUGCUUGGACAUGUGCGCUUCAUCGAUUGGGACAUCAACACUGGCGAGCUGCUCAAGACAGAGGUGUACUUCAACGAGCUGUUUGAGAUACUCUACUUGACAGGUCGCGAGUAUCUGCCGGCGCCGCCCAAGCAGGCCGGAGUGAACGCGCCCACGCCCGCGCAGACGUCCAAGCUGCCGACGCUGACCACGCCCGCCGAGGACUACCACUUCAAAGCGAUCGACAUCUAUCUGCACGACAGCAGGAAGAUCGUGUUCUACAACAUCCGCUACCUGUCCAGUCGCAAGGGCUCGUUCAAGCCCUCGAUCUGGUCGCCGUACAACCUCCGCGUGCUCCUCGACUGUACAUUAUACCACCUCGAUCUCUACGCCGAGGCCAAGGACAACUCGACCAUGCAAGAGAUCCUCGUUGUCCUAGAGGCAUGUCUCAGGUUGUCACUUGGUUGGGUGACCACUGUCACUGGCAUACAUUCAGAGAAACCAAUCAACAGCGCGACAACACAUCAGCAACAGCAACAGCAGAGUGAGAUUUAUUGGUGGACGAACAAUCAGGAUGAGCUUGACAUAACAGUGAAGCUUUGGAUUGGAGUCAUCGAGCGCAUCAUGACAGAGAUGACCGGUCAGCAGGCUGAGAAGCUAUUGCUCAUCGGACUGAUAUGGCUGGGAAUGACUGUCUCCCUCUGCAACGAUGACCCCGUCGACCAAGCCCACGAAGAGGCCAGCUCAUCAUCCUAUCCCCUGUUUAUAAAGUUCAUCAACAAGUACCCUGACAUGCUAAGCGACAUCAACAAGUCAACAUUGUUAAUCAAGUCAAUUGGAUUUGCAAUGACUGGAGUGCAUACUAUUGAGCAGACUGUGGAGUUGGUCAAUGUGAUGACGUCAUUGUGGGACAAUCCAUUGCAACAACCAAACCUCCCGCCAUCGAUGGACAAUGCCUGUCUGGUCUUCAAGACCAUCCAGAUGGUCUUCAACUCCAAAUUCAAACCUGAACAUUUCCCCAACCAACUAGCCAUGGAGAAUGCCAUCAUAGACUGGACCAAAGUCAUUUGUGAUGAGACCAACAACUCAUUCUACAACUCUAAUCAAAACUCUAGAUACCUUAGCACAUUUGUUGGAUCAGCGAUCAUUGAUACUCUGCAGAGUAGUAAAUGUAAAUUUAUACCGGCCAACUUCAAGGAUCUCAUGAUGGAACAGAUACAGGAGAUAUUCAACACGUCAAUCAAUCAGAUCAAUCGCAUGUCCAAGCAUCAAAGGAUUGGUAUUGCCACAUCCUAUUGUUUGAGCAAGAUUGAGCCUUUCAAGGACAAAGAGGCGUGUCGUGAUAUACUAAAGAUCAUCUUGGAUACAUUGUUGGACGAAGUCCUAGGCAUCAAUGGAUGCUUGAACGAAUGGUUGGAGAAGCCAUCAGACAUAAGCAAUCUUGUGAUUAAGAAGAUUGAGAGCCACAAGAGUGCACCUAUAUUCACGGCACUGCCAUCAUAUGUACAAACGAUUAUAACACUUAUAUUAUUCCUCAAGGACAAUGACAUCAACAAGCAGCUGUUGCUAAGGCUGUCUGACUUUUCAUACACGCUCAACGAGCUAUGGUACCACUUCACUCGCGACACAACACACGCAUUCCCCAAGGCCUCGAUACAGCGCACGCUCACACCAACCUUUACUGGCAUCGUUCGAUGUCUUUCGUUCCUGUUCACCGACACGGCUAAGGUGCUGACACCCAUCGACAGCACCAUGGCGCUGGAGGUCUUUAGCCAGAUUGGCUUCAUCGAGGACAACAUCCCCAUCAUCAACCUGGCCAUUCGCUCACUGGCCGACAACAUUGCCACAUCUGAAUGCGCCAUCACGCGAGUCGUUGACAAGAUGCCAAUCCAUCUCACCGUCCAGAAGGACGACCCGAUCGCCUGCUCCAAGGCCGUCAUCUAUCUGAAUGCGCUCGAGAGGCUCAUCACCAAGGUGUCGCGAAGUGCCAUCACCGAUCACAUAGUUCCCAACCUCUUUGCAUUCAUGGAGUAUCCCAAUGAGAAGCUCAACAAACUCUCCCAUUCAAUCCUAAGCCAGCUGUUCACCAUUCGCGACCUUGAGCUGACAAUGAUGUUGGUACCACAGUACAUGGAUCAUGCUUUAAAGUCAUAUCCAACAUAUACCAAGGCAUCCUCAUUGUUUGCAGUGAUGGUUAGCAUCAUUGAGAAUAACUCACCAACCAACCCGGUUGUACUUUACUCGACCAAACUCAUCAUUGAUUCGAUCAACGAUAUGAUGCCACAGGACAAGCAGAAGCUGUCACUGAGUACGCCAGCCAGUACUAUGGUACACUUGUUGUUCUCAUUGCUUCAAUUCAUUGAUGUACAGAUCCUGGAGAUAGUGCUUAGUGACAUUAGACAGAUAUUGAUCAAGGCGCCCAACUUCAAGAUUCGUUCGGAGAUCUGCUCCAACCUGUUGUCCGAGAUCACUGGCAAUCUGGAGAACUCCAAGAAGAACAUCUGUCUGUCUUGGUACCUUCGUCUGAUCAAAGAGAUUGAGCAAUCAACAACAAUGUUUGCCAACAACAGUGGAUAUGAUCACUUGGUGUAA